AUGAAGGAAAGAAAGAAGCUUUUGGUAUUCAUUUAUGUUCUCAUCUUUCUCUUCCAAAUUGUGAAUCCAACAAAUUCAGAUAGACCAUGGCCUCUGGCUAAGGCUAAGAGCAAGAACCUUGUGUUGGUUCAUGGGGCAUGCCAUCGAGCCUGGUCUUGGUACAGGCAGUUGAAUGAUAUUCCCUCAGUAUCCGACUACAUCGGUCCAUUGUCGGACUUCAUGGCUGCUCUUCCCCGGCAUCAGAAGGUAGUACUUGUCGGUCACAGCCUUGGCGGCUGGGCAAUUUCUCGAGCCAUGAAGAGGUUUUCAAAGAAAUUUUUUGUUGCUGUUUUUGUCACUGUUUUAAUGCCUGGUCCAACUCUCAAUAUUUCCACCCUUGAGCAAGAGAGGAUGAGAAGACAAGGUCCUCCGCUGGACACUCGUUACACAUAUGGUAAUGGACCUAACAACCCUCCAACCGCCUUGCUAUUCGGCCCCUUGUUCUUAGAAGCAAAUUUGUAUCAGCUCAGCCCCAUUGAGGAGCUAAUGCUAAUGAGCGAAGAAUAUGGUUCGGUUAACAGAGUUUUUAUCAUGGCUAAUGAAGAUCAAGUGAUACAGAUGGAUUUCCAACAAUGGAUGAUUGAGAGGAACACUCCCACAGAAGUCAGAAAGAUAACUGGACCUGAUCACAUGGUUAUGAUGGGUAAACCAAUAGAGUUAUCGGUUCAUCCCGAAGACAUUGUUGAGAAAUAUGUUUGA